CAUAGUUUUGUGUAUGAAAAUACGAUUGAAACAAUGAAAGUUCUUUUCUAGUCAGAUUCAAUUUUUUUAAUUUGCUAUCUUUCUUUUCAUUGGUUGUUGCUCUUUGUAGGAAUCUUAUCAACCUAUAGUUUCCAAGCGCGCGUAGGUAAAUUCAUUUGGAAGUUGAUUAACAGAAUGGAUUUGAUAAAUGUUGAUUCUGAUGAGGAACAGGAUGAACCAUGGGAACAAUCCUAUUCUGGUAAAAAUGGAUACGUUUUUUUAAUAGAUGCUAGAAAAGCAAUGUUCCAUGGUGAAAAAUCGCAUUUCUCUCAAAGUUUUGAGUGUUGCUUCGAGGCAAUGCUGAAAAUUGCUAGAGAGCAAAGGUAUGAUAUGGUAUCCUUUGUCCUGUUUGGAACUUCAAAAUCUGAGGGAAAAUUUGCUCCUCCGAAUGUAGUAUUGUUACGUUCCUUACAAACACCUUCAGUUUCUUAUAUUUCUAAAAUAAAGGAGAUGAUAGUUGGUAAUUUUGUUGAAGUAGAAACUUAUGGCCAAGCGACACAAGUUUCUCUAUCAAAAGCUAUAAAUUAUUGUAAAUCAUUGCUUAUACAUUGUAAGACUAGAUUGUAUAACAAAUCAAUAGUUUUAUUCACGAACGACGAUGAUCCCUGCAAAGGAGAUGAUGAUGGUGCUCAUGCUGCCCGAAAAAUGGCUGAAGAAAUUUGCCAACAUAAGAUUGAUCUGGAUGUAGUUGGUCUUGGAGAAUUUGAAUCUAGCAAGUUUUAUAAAGAACUGGUUUUAACUUCCAAAGGAGAAUUAUUAAAAAAUUGGGAUGGCAUUGAUCCUGUUAAAAAAAUCGAUGAUGUCCAGAAAGAGAUUGGCUGUAUUUCUAAGAAAUUCAACAGACAUUUUGGAACCUUUUAUCUUGGCGGAGAAGCUAAAUUUAAAAUCAUGUUAUAUAAAUUAUAUCAUGAACCACAGAAGUUAAUGUGGACAUCGAAGGUAAAUGAAAAAACAGAAGAUGAAGAGAAGCCAAUUGAAGAAGGUGUUAUAAAAGAAGAGGACGAUGAAAGUGGGUUGAAAAGAGAUACACAGCAGAUUAAACAAGAGGAAGAUGAAGGGACAUUCAACAGAGUUACGCAACAGGAGAAUUCUGAAAGAAGUUCAAAUAAGAAAUCAAAAUCGUGCCCUUUAAUUGCUGGAAGAUAUAUUACAAUGACUAAGGCAGAACUGAAGUGGUAUGAACCAAAAGUUUCAAAAGGGUUAACUUUAAUAGGAUUCAGACGGAUUUCACUGAUUCCUGCCCAUCUUGUCGAAGGAGAAUCAUGUUUUGUUCUCCCGGAUACAAGAGACAAAGCUAGUACUGAGCUGUUCGCUGUUCUUCAUGAAUCUUGUCUCCAGAAGAAUGUUGCAGCUUUAUGUUGGUAUGCACUUACAAAAUCCGCCACCCCUUCUCCUGUUAUUUUAUUCCCUGUCGAGUCAUCAGAAUAUGCUAAAGGAAAAAAACAUCCGUCAGGUUUCCAUGCAACAAAAAUCCCUUUUUCUGAUAUGAUAAAUGAUUGUUCAGAAAGCAGUGGUUUUUCUGAAAUUGAUGCAAGUGAAAGUCAAAAAGAAGCUGCAGAUGGAAUUGUCAAGAAAACAACUAUCAAUUGGUCUCCUGAUACUUUCAAUGAUGUUGAAUAUAAAACCAGAAUUGCAAUGAUAGAAGCAAUAGCAAUGGAGUACCCAGAAGCACCUUCAAUAGCUGAUAACACAGACAUAGACCUGACAGAUAUUGCUGAUCAUCUGGGAGAACUUAAUGAGAAGUUCGUGGAUUGUUCCCAUUUACCUCCAGAGGUUUUAGGCAAACGAGGCUCUAAUAAGGAAAAUGGAAAGGAAACUUCAACCAAAGAACCAAAAAUAAUUGAUUCAGUAUCUCUCAUUGCUUUAAUAAAGGCUGGCAAGGCUGAGGAACUUACCGUUGCACAGCUGAAGGAGCUACUCAAAGGAGAAGGUAUUAAGUCUCUUUCCGCUAUGACUAAGCCAAGAUUGAUAGCGAUAGCCAAAAGCAGGUUUUCGUCCAACAAUUAAAAGAUACGGGGAUAAUUUUUUGUAAAAAAAAAAAGAAGUGAUAAUUACAUAUAGAACGUGAUUUUUGUAUAAUGUAACUAAAGCUAUACCAACUUGAUAAUAAUUGGUGUAUAUAAACUUAAUUGUAUUACAACUGAUGAAUGAGACUUGUAUAUAUCUAUAAAAUAUUUUGUUUUAUGAAUGAAAAAAAUAUUAAAUUUUGUUAUUUCUGUAUGGUGUUUUUUAAUUGUCUUAUCUCAUCUCUUUUUGUGUAAUUUUAUUAAUUAUUAUUUAUUUUUUUUGGUUUUUAUGAACACGAUGGUUAUAGUCUAUGGUACAGUCCUCUUUUUAUCGAAUUAUUAACACUUGUAUCAAUAAGACUCCUUGAGAGGCUUCAUUUGAUAAUAAUCUACAACUUGUUUAUCUAAAAAAAUCCUCAGAAAUGGGGUGUUUUCAAUCUGAAGAUUGGUAAACUAAACACUGUUUAUUUUAAUGAAGUACUAAUAAAUCAUGAAUAUCCAUUUGCUAUAGUUUUAAAACAGAACAACCAUUCUAUUAUAGUUUUUCUUUUUAAAAUAACUAUGCUAACAGAGAUCAAAGUUUAAGUUAAUGUGACUAGUUUCUUAUCCAACAGGUCUUUAUAUCAUUUUACUAAUAUAUUUAGACUAGUUGGCCCGUGCGAAUAAUUUGCAGUAAAUUAUGAUUAGUGAAGAAAUAGCAAAACAAUAUGGAAAUAAGUAGAUCCUAUGUGUUAUGUAAGGAAGGAAUUAAUAUUUUUCCUU